CCCAUAUUCAGUUCACAGUAGAAGAAAUUUGUAUGUGACUUUUAAGAGAACCAAGCUUUGGUAUGGUUUAUAAAACACAAUAAUUAAUGCUUUGAGCGAUUGAUAGUCAAUUUAGUUGUUUUCUGAAUUGUAUAACAGAAGCUGACGAACUUUUGACAUAAGACAUGCACGAGAUAUUGAGCUUAGGUUUUGGAAGCAAGAGCAAUUUCUUACUUACACAUUUUUGGAACACACAAGAAGCAUAUUUUGUUUACGAUGAACGAGAUGUCUCAAAAGUAUCGGUGAAUACAAAUUUUCGCCAGUUAACGAAACAUAAUUAUGAGCAUUUGGCAACUGUCCCAAGGGAAUGCGUUUACGACUCUCCUAAUGAGUUUGGCUUCGUGAAAAGGCCUUGGUUUGCUGAACUGAGUGACUCAGAAGUAGUAGGUUCUUCAAUCGCUGGUUCACUUGAGAAAAUCCACAAAGCACCUCUUGACAUUCAUCCUUAUCAGAGUGCCUUGUGGGAACAGGAUGAAUGGUUACAUUCUCAAAGUCCUGAUGUAUUGAAGGAUCUUGAACAGUUUCCUUCUUUACCACAUAUUGAAACUGGAACUGUAAAGCAUUGGUCAGAUUUUAAUAGAUUGCUAUUCGAUCCUAAAUACUUAUUUCCUAUAAAUUUCCCUGAUUUGAAUUCUGAAGGCUCAUCAUUUGAACUUGGAGCGGAAGCUUUUCGUUUGCAUAACAACGAGCAUAAUGUUUGGGAUGAAACAUUACGCCCUCUUAUUGAGGAGUGUGACGGAAUGCAAGGAUUUCAAUUUGCAGUUGAUGUAAAUACUGGUUGGUCUGGGUUUAUGACCAAUUAUUUACAAUAUAUUGAAGAUGAACUACAGGAUGCCGGUUUACCAGUGUGGGUUUUUGGUGUAAAAAAUACAGAUGGCUCAUCAGUAAGUUCAUUACCAAAUCAAAAACAAAAACAGAUGUAUGCGAAUGAAUCGUUAGUACUAGGGAGCCUUAAAGAUGUAGUUUCUCUUUAUACACCUUUACCUUUUAAGCCAGAACAUGAUUACUGGUUUGCCAGUUCUAUCACAAAUAUGGCGUUUGAAUCUUUGACGCUACCAACGCGUUUGCAUGGUACUUCAUAUUUGCACAUGAGUGAUUUAGAAUACUAUUUAAAAUCAAGCAGCGGUCGUUCUAUUUUUGCACUCGACCUAAAGGCAAAAUUUCACGAGAAGAGCGAUUGGAAUAUAAAUCGAAGUGUUUCAUUCCCUACUGAAUCACCUCUUUCUCUUUCAGAUCUUUCCAGAGCACCCACAGUAAUACGAGGCCCAAAUAACCAAGAUGCUAUUUUGAGCAAUCUUCCUCCCUCACAGCUAAACCAAGAUAUAAUCAAUAUAAAAGAUAUGGGAUUCCCAAUGCUAGACACUACACCUGACGAUUUAUCAAAUAUUGAUACAGUUAUGGUAACUGCUUCUUCAACAGAGAAGGCAACCUCACAUGUACAAUCGAUUGGAAAGUAUAUGAAUACUCGACAAUUUCGAGAAUUAGACCAGGAUGAUGUAUUAGAGUUACAGGAAAACUUACAAUCUUACUAUUCAUAAAUGGUUCAAACAAGUCUCGUCGAAAAAAUCAGUAUAAAAGGUAUUAUUUGUCUACUAAGAAGCGGUUUUUUCAAGUGCUCGAUAUGCAAGAAUUGUCGAGUAAUCCCAAUAGUAUUAAAUAAGCAUCAAACCUGUUCAUUCCGUACCUACUUUUAUUCUUGUAAAGCUUUUAUUGUUCUUGCACAAGAGACAUAACCAUGCUAUAAUAUUGUCAGCGCAUAAUCUAGGAAUUUAAGAUGAAUCAGUCAAUGGUAGUUUUCCCAAAAACACUGUAUCCAGACUUACCAAUAAAGCAAGGUAAAAAACAUGACCAAGGCAAAGAGAGCCUUCAUAAAAGUGACCCGUUUAUGGCGACCUAACUGACGGAAUAUUUCCGUGGCAUCCAAAACAUGAGUUUUCUGAAUAAUUUGAUUCACAUGAAAAACGACAAGUGGUAAAUUUAUGAGCACCAAGAUCCAUUUCCCUGCAAGCAACAAAA